GCGUCAAAUAAGGAAGUUGGAGAUCCCGGUAGUUCCCCUUAACUUUAGAGAACUAUCAGAUAGUUCAGUCACAACAGAAGUACCGAGUUCGUGCCUCGCCAGCGCAUGCUUGUAAAAGUCUAUCAUAUAAAUAGUCCUUUCAUUGUUUUCCCGUCUUUGACGUGGAAAUACGUGGUCAUAUUCUCUCAGCGGAACUGGUAGAGAACCCAGAAGAGGAGAACGCAGAUAACAGGGAGGAUGGAGGUUACUCACCUGACGGAGGACGAAAUGGCCGAUAUAAAGAAGGAAGCCAUAGACCGGUUACGACCAUACCUGGUGGAUAAGAUCAUUGCUGAGCGGCACUUUGAUUACCUGCGCUCCAAGAAGAUCCUGACCCGAGAAGACACGGAGGAGAUCAGCUGCCGGACCACCCGAGGGAAACGCACUAGCAAACUGCUGGACAUCCUGGCAGAAAACCCACGCGGCCUAGACGUGCUGAUCGAGUCUAUCAAGUGGGGCCGAACUCUCAACUUCAUCAUCGCGAAGAUCACAGAUGAGGUGCAGCGCGUGAAAAACGAGCGGCUGGAAGCUUUAAAAGCGGGGUCCUCAGCCAACUCAGCUUAUUCAUGCACAAAAAGUGCAAGCAAUGACUUCUCCAAAAUGGACUUGGACUAUGACAAGUACUCCACUAUAUGUUAUCAUCCUGAAGGAGAGGCGAGCACAUCCGCCUCGGUGGCUACGGGAUCCUUCAACCUGCGCUACGGAUCGGGUCGAGGGAACGAGGCUGUGUCGGUGUGUGGAGGCAGCGGGAGCAUGAACGUGUCUUCCACCAGCUCGUCCAGCCUGCCCAAACCCGGAGACCCGGGAGCUCCGGCUGUUCCCGAGGAGCUGGAGACGGAGGACGCCGACGCCGUGGUCUGUGGGAGCGCUGGGAGUAGCGGAGACGCCAACUUCCAGCCGCUGCGCUCGCGCUCUCUGUCUCCGCACAUGUCGUAGCGU